ACCCGGCCGUUUCGUCAUUGCGACGGAGGCUGUCGUUUGUCAGCUCUGGACCGGAGGAGCGCUAGUUCCGCACCGACCGCAUCGUGGUACCGUGUGACAACCGGCCCGCGUAACGCAAGCACGCCUCCGAAGCCCCGGGAAGCACUGCGGCACGUCCCACCAAACCGUGAGGUGUAACUUGAACGGUGAAAUCGGCUAGUGUUUGUGCUCGUGCUCCAUAGCUCAGUGAAACUUUCCCGGGACCGGCGAUUGUGGCGCGAUGUGAAGUGGCGACCGUGAAUUCAUGUGUAAGUUGGCGCAGGGAGGUGAGUGGAGGCACACGCGGGCAAGAUGGCUGCGGCGGCUAGCUGAUAGCAUGCGGGCGGCGGCGCGGCCCGCCCCGACCUAGCCGAUCGCACUAGGAGCGCCACCUUCACGGCGGGAGUCGAGCAUGCUUCGGCACCAAUUAGGUCACGUUCCCGCCGGGCUAAUCUACACCAUGAGAGAAGAUCAGCGUCAUAAUGGUAGCAUAUUCACAGUAGGCGCGCUGGAGGGCGGUCCCCUGGGCGGCGGCAGCGGCGGCGCGCUCGGCGCUCUGCGUGCGCCUAGCUCGCCGCCCGCGUCCAGCCUCGGCACUAGCCGGCACAGUCUCAUAGAUAUGAUGACGUGUCGGCUGGGCUCGCGGCGGCUGGGCGGGUCGCGAGGCUCCCUGCAAGCCGGCACCGCAUGCUCUGCUGCGAGUGAAUUGGAUCUCUCUUUACGCUCACGACGCUCACAUAAAGCUAGAUUAAAACUCCUGGGGGCGAGUGGCGAGGCUCCACUGCUCGGCGGCUGGCGCAGCACGCCGCACACGCCGCACGCGACGCCCGCCCCGCACCACUCGCACAACCACCUCGCUUCUCAUUGUAACGGCACUGACAGCAGAUCCAUCCGGCGACGGUCGACCUUCAACAGCGGGCCAUUUCGGUUCGGAUUGUCAUUUUCAUUCGUAUUCGACCCCGCCGGCCGGCUGUGCUAUUACUGGUCCAUGGUCGUCUCCCUCGCAUUCUUAUACAACCUCUGGGUCAUCGUAUAUAGAUUCGCCUUUCAAGAAAUCAAUGGUGAAACGUUAAUAGUGUGGUUUUGUUUGGAUUAUUUUUCGGACUUCCUUUAUCUGGCGGAUAUUUUAUUUCAUUUUCGGACGGGCUACUUAGAAGACGGGGUGUUACAAACAGAACCGGCGAAGCUCAGGGCGCAUUAUAUGAACUCUACCACAUUUUACAUAGACUGUCUAUGUUUAUUGCCGCUGGAUUUCCUUUAUUUAUCUAUCGGCUUUAAUUCCAUACUAAGAUCCUUCAGACUUGUGAAAAUAUACCGCUUCUGGGCCUUUAUGGACCGUACCGAACGGCAUACGAACUAUCCUAAUCUAUUUAGGUCGACCAGUUUAAUUCAUUAUCUAUUAGUAAUAUUCCAUUGGAAUGGAUGUUUGUACCAUAUAAUAUAUAAAAACAAUGGAUUCGGUAGUAAAAAUUGGGUAUAUCAUGAUACAGAGACUGCUGACGUAGUGAAACAAUAUCUACAGAGUUAUUAUUGGUGCACGUUGGCGUUGACCACAAUAGGUGACUUGCCCCGACCGCGCAGUAAAGGAGAAUACGUGUUCGUGAUAGCCCAGUUGCUGUUCGGGUUAUUGCUCUUCGCAACGGUGCUGGGGCACGUCGCUAAUAUCGUCACCUCAGUGAGCACGGCCAGAAAGGAGUUCCAAGCAAAGCUAGAUGGCGUGAAAACCUACAUGCGUAUGAGAAGAGUUCCCAAUCAUUUACAAGUGAAAGUUAUAAAAUGGUUUGAUUAUUUAUGGCUCACGCAGAAGUGUUCAGAUGAAGAGAAGGCGGUAUCUUGUCUUCCUGAUAAACUGAAAGCAGAAAUAGCUAUAAAUGUCCAUCUCGAUACCCUAAAGAGAGUGGAGAUCUUUCAGAAUACAGAGGCUGGUUUUUUGUGUGAACUCGUGUUGCGACUGCGCCCCGUAUUGUUUUCUCCUGGAGAUUACAUAUGCAGGAAAGGUGAAGUCGGGAAGGAGAUGUACAUAGUGAAUCGAGGGAAAUUACAGGUGAUGGGUGACAACGGGAAAACAGUUCUUGCAACACUAAAGGCGGGUUCUUAUUUUGGCGAAAUUUCCAUUCUGAAUAUGGGCACAGCAGGUAAACAACUUGGCAACCGGCGGACAGCGUCAGUGCGCUCCGUGGGGUACUCGGACCUGUUCGUGCUCAGCAAGAACGACAUGUGGGAUGUUCUCAAAGAGUAUCCUGCCGCGCGUGUUCGCCUUGAAGCGAUAGCAGUCAAAAGACUUGAAAAAUAUAGAAAAGCACCGAUGGAAAAAGGUACGUAUGUAGCGAUGGCUCGCUGCCAAUCAACGCCGGGGCUGUUGGAAUCGAUCGGGCAAGUGUCGAUAGUGGACAUGCAGCUCCCUCGUCCCUCUAUGAUUCUUCCGAUGCAUUCUUCACAUCCGCCUUCUUUCCGGGACCAGGUUUAUAGUUCUUCAGUAAGCCCUCUUCGUGUAGCAUCACCAGUAGUAUCGUGUGCUUCAAGUGCCCGUAGCAGUGCUGUUGGCGGCGGUAGUGUUGCGACGGGCAGUGUGGCUCCUAAGGUCGUCCUUGAUUCCCACGAAGCUCUGGAGUCAGAAAUAAAGCGUCUACGUGAGCGUCUGUAUACGGUCGAAACGGAGAACGCCGCGAUGUCUGCAAAGCUGAGUCAGCAGCAGUGGGAAGUUGAUCAAAGGUUACAAGAAAUCGAAAUGCAGAUCUGUGGUGGAAGUUCACUGAGCUCGCAGGAGGAGAAUGAGCGCAAUCGGGAGAGCAUUAUUUAACGGCGCGCUUCGCCCUCCGCGCUUGCGCCGCGAAACGUACCAGCACAAAGCGCGCCGCAUACGUUUCGCCUUGCCGCCGUUUGUUGAGCACUAAACUAUUAACAUCGAAUGCUAGCGAACCCUUCAAAACCAAAGACCUUGUGGAUUCUAGUGGCUAGUUUUUCCUCUUAUUGUAUGAAAUGUGUUGUUCGCUACCAAUAAUGAAUAGUGCCACAAACGCCGGCACGCGUUUUUAGCGCGUGAUCUUCCUAUAAACUUCGGACUCCCAGUGUUUUGACGAUUAUAGAAAAUGGAAAGAUACAUAAGAAUUAACUUUAUCAAAUUUAUAUACAUAAACUUAGUAUAUGCGACUCGCUAAUAAUAAAUGACGAGUGUUCGUGGAGUGAGAUUUUGUCGAGACAAUAUUAUCUUUAAAAUCGUUUAAAGCCAAUGGUGUAGUGUGUGGUUUAUGUGGUAAAGCACAAGGUGCGUCGUGUGUGCGCUAAUCCUGCAUUAUGAGUUCGCGUCUGACGACCAUACAUGUGUUUAGAUAAUUAUAAUAAUAACUAAAAACUAUUGUAAAUAGGUAAUUUUUAUUAAAAACGUUCGUUUAGUUUAUCAUUUUUUUUUCAAUAAGACGAUCUUGACUUAUAAUCUGGCAUGAAACGGUUGGGUAAGAAAUAAGCGUUCUCAAUAAAUUCGUGUCUACAAUUGAGUUUAGUUGAAACUGUAUGUAUUUUUGGAACUAGUAUGAGAAGUUAGGUGUACGAUAAUCGAAUACACUACUAACUACGUAACUCUGUAGCUACCUAAGUAGGCAUGUGCAGCAACGCAGGGACGCAGUGCAUGGAAUGUUCGACAAACUAGCAUCACCUGUGAUGCUCACAUAAUAAAAUUGUUUUCUAAUUCACCAUUUUAAGCUUUAAUUAUCUUUAAUCUGGGAGAUUAACGGAUAUGUGUCGUGGUUAUCCAACUUCCGGUAUAUUUCCUCCUUUGUUAUAUUAUUACAGUAAUAUAACGGUUAGGUAGGUCUUUAAUGUCAAUAAAUUUUAUAUAAUCUAUGUGUAUCGAAGGAUCUAAAUGCAUAUAUUGCAAGACUUUCGUUCGAUAAGUGAAAGAACCAUAUUGAGUUACAAUUUGUUAUACAGAGAUAAUAUACCUCUGUAUCUAUACUAAGUAACGUAGAUUAAAAUAGAUACUUAAUUUCGUUUGGUAUUUUGUAAAUCACUACUGCCAAAUAAAUGUUAAGUACAUAGAUAAAAUGUUUUAAUGUAAAGAUAUUGAUCGUAAACUGAUUAAUGUUUUAUACUUAUUAUCUAAAAAUUAUAAAUAAUAAGUUCGUUUAAAAGUCGUUAUUUAAAUAGUGAUUCGUCGAUUCAAUUGAUAUUUACUGUUGAUGCUUGGAAUUCUUUUCAAGUUUGUUUCUUGUAAUAUAUUUUAAUUACAAUGUGCAUACAAUGACAUAUAAGUAUUAUAUUGAAUAUUAAGAAAAUUGUAAAUAAUUACUUACGACUCCUACGAUAUUCAUUUUUAAGUCAGUUUUUCAUUGGGGUGCGUUUUCUUUGAACCACGAGCCAAGGUAAAAUGGCAUCUUAUGGCAAGUUUGUAUAGAGAGGAUACAAUCCUAUAUUAUUCAUCUAUUUAACACAAUAAUUAUUGUACUUCAAGAUAUUUUCUCCUUUCUCAUUGAUUUGUCUGUUUAUUAGAUAAAAUAUUAUAGUAAAAUGUACUUUUAAUCCAUACAGUAUAUUUCCCAUGACUGAAGUAGUCAACCUUUGGUACUUGGAGGUAAAUUAAUAAAUAGUAAGAGAAGACAACGUUUCAUUUCAGACAAUUUAGAUGCAUUUUAAAACUCCUUAAGAAUUUUUUGUAAUAAUAACGUAGCCUCCUGUGGUUAUUACUGAUACGUAGCUUUUGAUAAAACUUAGACAGUAGUAUUGGAUAUAUAAAUUAAAUAAAAACCAACUAAAAUGCUCAAAAUUUCAACGAAACGAUUCAUAUCAAAAGCGUUAUCAUCUCAUCAGAAUUCCACUUUAGUUGUUUUCAAAUAAAGAACGAAGACUAUAAUAAUGUAUUGAAGUACAAUAUAUUGGAACAAUAAUUCUUAUACGCAACCAACGAAAAAUAUUGUAUGUACGUACCUAUUGAAAAUGUAAUGACUAGUAUUAUUAUUUUAUUUAAAUAUACUGUAUUACUAACAAAAUGUUUCUUAAUCUAACGGCCAAAGAUUUAAAUGAUUAUCGCCAUGAUUAUUCACAAAUAAAGCUUAAUUGUUAAUUGUUUUGAAUUUAUAAUUGUACUUACUUUUGAAUUAAAUUACCUUAAAUUUAAAUAUUCAUCCUUUUCUUAAUUUAUAUAGGAUAUGAUUUUGUGUUUUGUUAUUUAUUUUAAAAUAAAUUAUUUUUUUUUAAUCUGUUUUGCAGGUGUUGCUAAUCUUAAAAUUUUUAUUCAAUCCAAUGAAAUAUCACGUAUUAAACUCCAUAAAUGUUCAGUCCUAAGUGAUUGGAUAUGAAUUCCAGUUUUAAUUGUAUCUAAAUAUUUAUUUAUUGUUAUAAUAUGUAUGUAUAUCCAUAAAUAUUCGCAUUAAUUUCUCAAUUAUAAAUUGAUAAGAAUGCAUAUAUUGCAAUCAAAUAUAAUAAACGAAGCAAGUGCUUAUACGUUAUGAUAAUAUAUAAGUAUUUCAAUCAAAGGAAUCAAUAAAUUAUCGUAAUUCAAUUGUUUUGUAUUGUUGUGUACAUUUGUAUAUUAUGUUUUAUCGUCAUAAUGUGUAUAUGCGUUGGAUAAGUUAUUUAAGGUGACGAAGGUUUUCAGUAGUAGACAAUUUACCGGGCCCAGGCUUGUGGACCCUGAAUUGGCAAUCAAUUAUAUAUUAUAUGUCACAUGAUUCAUU